AUGUCUUGUCAGAAGAAAGCAAUAAUGACUGGCCUUACAGGACUCCUUAGUUUGCUGUUGGUCCUGACAGCUGAAGUUCACAUUGGAAUGUCAGAUGACGCUUCCAAUUGUGGGGACACAAAACAACAUUAUCCAUAUACGGUUGUUUGCAACAACGGAACUUACGAGGUCCGCCACUAUGAACCUACCAAAUGGGUUUGCUCUUCCGUCAAGGCUUUCGAUUGGCUACCCGGAAUAUUCCCAGCUUUUAUGAACUUGUAUCAAUGGAUGAAAGCUAAUGACAUCAACCUAAAAGACCCAAAACACGCAACAGACCUAAUGCCUGGAAAUCUUAAACUUCCUGCUGGCGAUGUUCCCGCUACCUUUCCCCUUCCCAAAAUGCAAGACUACACACUCUGCUUUAAGCUGCCACUCAAACAUAAGAACCCUCUCAAGUCCAGGAAGGAUGUGGAGAUUGUGGAGACUGGGGAGAGGUACAUGUACGUCAGGUCCUAUCAUGGCCUGCUGACAGAGGCAAAGGAGGAGGAGGAAGCACAAAAGCUGUUCGAUGAUAUCAAUAUCUUAAUGUGGGAAAAGAAUCACACCACGGCUGCAUUCGGAGGUCCUCACUCAGACACAUGUAUGGAAGUGUGGGUUGAUGCUGAUGCUCAGGCACACUGCUGA